AUGGCAACAUCGAGGAAGCCUGUUUUUUCAAAUACGAAGAAGAGCACGCCGGUCGAUGACACCGGCGGCAUGCCUGGCGGGGGUGCUGGUCUCCACGAGAUGGCGCCAAGGAACGUCGUUGCAGAUCGCUCCGGAUCAAGCGGUGCCCGAAAACAUGGUCAGAAAGGAAAGGACGAACUAUUUUCAUUCGACAAACAAAACUUGGAUAUGUUCUCGCUUAUGGCGGGGGCAGUGGCCGGAGGCGGGGGACGAGGAAUACGUGGUCUCCCAGGCUCACGGAAGGCUAGACCUCCAAAGCCAUUGCAUCCAGCAUCGAGCGAUCCGGCAGCUCCCAAAGGUACGGAAGGCGCGACCACACCCGUUGCCGGAAGCCUGAGCAAGAUUUUCUCCCCCCAGCCGGCUCAAGCCGCCAUCGCAGAGUCUCUGAGUGUCAACAACGCCACAGGCGGGCAAGAGCACGACGAUGACGGCGCUGGCGAGAAUGAAGGGGCCGUCACCGGUGGCCCCAUCGCCGGCCGACCGACCCAGCCGGCGUUCGUCGUCAGCGGCCUAGCUGCCGUGAUCAAGGAUGUGCUAGCGCAUCCCGGAGGGAAGGCAUCCGGAGAAUCGGCGGCGUUCGUGAGGGUUCUUGCGCAGAUGUCGGCCGAUGCUGUCAAGUCCCCGGGCUCCGCAGGCGACCACAACGUUGGCGGUGGCGGUGAAGCAGCUGGAGGGGACGGCUCAGGAGCGGAUGGGGCAAGCGCCGACCAUGGAGGUGCCGGUGUCGCAGCCAUCGACGACGCUGAGACCUUUCACCUAAAGACGGGAGAUGACGCAAUCAACUUCUUUGCCCAAUACGGAGAAAAUUCUCCGAUCAAGUUCGUACAUCUGGUAAGGGCCAACAAGGGCCACGACUUCCCCCCAUACGAUCUCGUCGUGGUAAACCCGCGCGAGUGCUCGGGCGACUAUUACUUGAUGAGCUCGGCCGGGUUGGUGCACGUAUGCCACGGGGAGCCUAGCGAGUUCACUCCCUUGUCGGAGUGGAUGAGACAGAGCACGAUGUUCAACAUGCUGCAGUCCAUCCGCUUCUUCAAGUGCUACCUGCACUCCAAAUGCUUCAAGCUGUGGAGGGACAAUGUGCGGUACAAGCUCUUCUGCCAGCAGAGAAGGAAGCUGUCUCACCGCCUCUUUCUCGCCAAGGACAGCUUCGCCGGACCUUACGUUGAGCUGAGGCGGCACAUGAUCGACUUGCAGGACAUUGCGCUCCUAGACCUAGACGCGAUGAAGACGUUCGAGCGGGCGCAGUUCAUCGAGCACCAGAACGCCCGGAGAGUCGAAGCAGCGAAGGCGUUGGAAUCGAGCAUGGAAAAGACCUUGCGAAAGAACCUCUUCCUUCCGAAGCGUGCGGCCGAACCGACUGCCAACUCCCCGACGACCCAGGUCGGUGCGGUGGUGCAAAGGGUGUGCGCCCACGUGACGGGCCUUCCAAAAGCGGCGGAAGUGUCGGAGAGUCCACUGGACAAGAUGUUCGGCGGCGUGGGGGACAAGGGAAAGAGCCUGGUCGCUAUGAAGGAGGAGGCGGCCGAGAGGAGACGGAUGCUGCAGAGAGCGGCGGAUGAGGCCGGUGAAUAUUAUUGUCUGUAA